UCGCCGAAUAUUCUUCCGCGCGUGCAAGGUGGAGUGGCUUUCUAGAAAUUGGUUUGUUGUGCAGGUGUGAUGUUACGAAAAUUAUUUCCCAAUCACACUGUUUGUUGUUUUAGAUGUUUAAAAAAAUCAUUGACAUUGUAAAUUCAACUUAUAAACAUGACAUUGGGUCAUCCGUUUAUAGACAAGCGCCUUCAUUUGGACCUUGUGUGGAAUCUCCCGUAUUGUUGUUAUAGAAUUUUUAGGAAAUAGUAAAUUUUACACGACAUGUGUAAGCUGAAUAAUAUGUUUAUUUUUAUUUACUUUGACUGAUGGCACACCAAAACCAUUUUUCGUGCACGACCCCUUUAAGAUGAGAACACAAUAUCUCUAGAAUGGAAACGGAGGAGGGUGAUUACGUGUCAGUUGAAGACAACGAAAUUUGUACAGUAGAAAGUGGAGGUACCUUCUACUGGAAUACUGACUUGGGACACCCCGAGUUUGUAGAGGGGACAGUUUCUUUCGUUACGAAUGAAGAUAAUUCUUCCGUCGGUGAAGUAGAAUACGAAAUAGGCGAUUCUUCUGAAGAACAAGAAAAUGAGGAAGAAGAAGAGGAGGAUAUGGAACCUUUGAGUUUCGAACUUCAACAAGGCUUCAGAAUUUUACGUGAACUUAUGGCAGAUGCAAACAAGUCGGUCACUUGGCACUUCUUAGAGUCGGUCGACGAUUCUUUUCCAGAAACUCAUGACUAUUAUGACCGAAUUAAGUCACCUAUGUGGCUGAAGAAAAUGGAUGAGAAGUUUCGCCAGCACUGCUAUGAGACCAUCACUGAGUUUGUUGCUGACUUCCGCCUCAUGCUUGAGAACUGUUUCCGCUACAAUGGCCCUGACCAUUAUGUUUCCAAACGUGGACAGAGACUGGAAACCAUGCUGGAACAGAAGUUGGCGCUGUUGUCCCGAGAUCUGCGAGAGAAGACCAGUAUAUCUGCCACCUCAGGGGGAGCCUCAGAGGAGUCCUUCUCAGCAUCAGGUCUUCGUCGUCGCAUCAAGACCAUCGUUCCGCACGACUCGUCGGCGCUGCUGAACCACCUGCGGGAGGAGGAAGUGAAGCAGCAGCGGGAACAGCGGCGCCAGCAGAUUGCCGACCGCAAGGCGGCCCAGGAGGCAUACCUUCACAACCUCCAGGAGUGGGAGGACCAGCUGAUGGAGGAGCCGCUCAGGUCACAGAUGAAGGCCAUGUGGGAGAUUCCUGCAAUUGGUCACUUCCUGUUCCUGUGUCAAGAGCCACUGAACUUGGAGGAGGUUGCCCACUACGAGCUGGAGUGCAGUUUUCUCAUGCCCAGGCAGAGCUCCACCAUGCAGAGGGUCAUGUCCUCCCUGCUCUCUACACCCUUCCAGAGGACCAAACUUGACAAGCGGACCAUGAUGCCCUACUGUGUGUGGGAGGAGAAACUCCGCAAGAGGAUAGCUACUUGGUACAAGGUGCUUGAUGACAAUCAAGGAAAUGCUUAUAAGGCUGCCUACAAGCUGGGUCUAGAUGUUCACUUCUUUACUGUCCUAGGAAAGAAAGACCCUCUUGUGAAAAAGAGUUUCUAUGAGCUGUCCUUUUAUCAGAAAGUGUGGAUUGUUAAAAGCUUAUGUGACAACUGUAUGGAGACACAGGAGUCACUACGUGAUGCCAUUGAGGCCCAGGCUGUGGAGGAGCAGCGGAGCUACCUGCUGGGCGAAGACGCCAAGGGCAACACGUACAUCCACUUCCCACAAUUCUGUGGAGCAGACCUGCGUGUGUACCGACAGGAUCCAUUUCCUGAACCUGAGUUGGAAAGUGACGUGGAUGAGGAGGAGGAUGAAGUGAAGAGUGAAGAGGAGGAGAUGGAGACACCACCGGUAAAGAAGAGGCGAGUUAAUGGCAGCAAGAGUGCAGCUGGAGGAAGUGCUAGAAAGGCCCCUGUUGGAGGACGUUCAAGUCGGAGAUCGGCAAGGUUACCUGACACGGACGACACAGAGGCAGACAACACACCAAGCGAGAUCAGCACUGAGCCAGGGUCAAGGUCACUGACUGCCACGCCCGAGAUUGUGGACAUGGAGGACGAGUGUCUGUAUGCUCGGAGGACACGGUCAGGAAGAAGUUCCCGGAAAAGCCUUUACCGGAAUGGGAUCACAAGGGAGCUGGAACGGGCCCUGCGCAAGAUCGGACGCUGUAAAGUUGAUGACAGAGGGAGUGAUGAAAGAGAGGAGAGCAUGGCCAGUGAUUCAGAAAGAGACUAUGUCAGUGCUACAGACAGUAAUCAUAACAAUAACAAUUGUGCAAGUCAGCCAGACGAACAAGAUUCAUUAGACUGUGUGCCAUCAGGAGGGCGGAGUAAGGGCAGUUCUGUGGAAAGGGGGAGUGGGGUGUCUAGAACUGAUUCUCCAAGUCUGACGUGUGACUCGAAGCAAAAUGGUGAUAAUAUAAACAUAAUAAAAUAUGAGCCCGAGAUGUGUGAUGUAAAUAGUGUGGAUGUUAAGGUGGAGAAAUGUGAGACUGACCUAACAGACAGCAACGGUGGCAUGCAGUGUAAUGGACGGACAUGUGACACGUCGGAGGACAGCAAGAGUGCAAUAGCCAAUGGUGAUAUUCCUAGUGACAGCUUCACCAGGGAUGGUUCUGCUGUCACGGAACAUCAGGAGGGGAAGGGGAGUUCUCAGGGGAAGGGAGAAAUGAGUGAGGUCAAAAUGAAGAGUCACGAAAACGAGAACGUCGUGUUAGACGAUCCGAAAUCUGACUCAAGUGCUCAAAAUGUUCAUGGUGCUGAUAACUCUACAGAUUGUGAAAGUGAUAUUAAAUGUAACAUCGAUGCAGUGAAAUGUGAAAGUGAGGUAGGGGAGAAUGGUCAGGACUGUUCCAGCGAGAUUGGCAAAGAUGAUGACAGCAAGCCGUUCAUGAAGGAUACUGAUGCCAAGAAGCAGAGCAGCUCUGAGGUGAAGACAGAACCAGGUCAGGAUGAGAAUGAAUGUGGAGUGUCUGUGAAGGAGGAGGCCAUGUCAACGGAGGAAAAAGUUCAGACUGAUGCAGCAAAGAUUGAGGAGGAGGAAGAAGAAGAAAUACUGCCCGAGUUGGGAUCAUUUGAGCUGAUGGCAGACAGCGUGGAAGAUCUCCGUGUUCUGGCAGAGAAAUUUGCUGAGCAGCCUGAACCACCGACUGUCAGCACUCGGGGAAAGAAGCAGAAGUCCAAGCCGACACCCAGAAAGCGAUGUGAAGUGGAGCUCCACGCCCGUCUUCUGUACCUGCUGAAGGAGCUGGAGCCCUGGGAAACCAAACUGCUCCAGGCCCGACGGAAAGCUCGGGUCAAGAUCAGGAAAGAGCUGGAUGAAUUUAAGGAAGAGGAGUUUAAGAAACAGGAUGUGGAGAGUUGGAAUACUGAGGAGUCCGCCAUAUCAUCCAGCGAGGACACAGAUGAGGAUGCCGGGAAGGAUGACCAGGUGGAGGUGAAGGUCAAGAGGUCAAUCAUAGCACCAACACCAAUUUUAACUGACAGCCGAGACAGCUUGGCUGGCAAUGUUGAGGAAGAAUAUGAAUUGGAUGUUAGUUCUCGUGGGCGGCUACGCAAGCGGAGAGUUAUACCCAACAAUAUCGAGGACCAGGGAAUUAAGAAGAAGAAAGUCAUCAAGUCUGGAGAAGAGCCCACUUCUCCAGCCCACAUGCCGAACAUACUUCAGAAACAGAUGAAACCAAUGACAUCUUCAACAGUGAUAUCAGUUGCUGGGGCCUCCCCAUCUAUCCAAGGUCUCUCGGCCAGUAAGAUACUCCGUAUGUCCAUUCUAAAUCAGACUCAAGGCAAGACCAGUCUGAUUUCACCAGGAGCAUCUUCUGGAAAUAUCAGACUAACGUCGUUGACAAGCGGUGUGUCAGUUACGCAAUCAUCUCAUCCAGUUAUUCAGAGCCUUCUCACAACUCGGCAACAACAAGCAGCAACAGCACCAUUACAACAAGUGAGACCCAAGCCAUCAGCCAUGCAGACAAUAAGACCCCAGUAUGCAGCAGCAAAACCAGGAGUACUGCAGGCAUCUCAGAAACCAUCCCCUGGGAAACAAACUUUAGAGGUUGCAGGAGGUAAUGCCCCAGCAAGUACCCAAAAGAUCCUCAACUCCCUACCUGCCAGUGUUAUACAACAGUUGCUCAGACACAAGGCUAUAAAAAUUCAAACCACAGGACCAGGUGGGACGACCUUGUUCCUCACCUCUGCUGUACCAACCUCUACAUCUCAGCCCAGUGCAUCACAACCACAACAGAUAGGAGUCCAACCACAGCAACCAGUAACUUCAUGUCAACCAACACAAUCUGUGUACACCAGUCUCCCUGGAUCGCCGGCAGAUGUGAAGGUGGCAAUUCCAUCUGUAUCAUCAGCUCAGCAUGUAAACCAGUUCACAGUGAUCAACCAAUCUAUGACUGCUUUGCCAAAUGUAGUUCCUUUCUCUGCCUCACCUAACAUAGUUCCUUCACUGAAUCCAAAUAUCAUAAGUGGAGCAGGAGCAGGAGCAGGAGCAGGCACCAAGCCACAGUUGUUGGUAGGAACCGCCCCUGUUGCAUCAUCACCUAAACCUGUGAUGUUAACACAACAGACAAGUCCCAGUCAGAUAUCCCCAAAUCCAUCUCUGACACCUGAUCCGAUGGAGCAAAGUAGUGCAAAAGCAUACCUCACCACCAACAUUGUAUCUCCAUCUAAACAGAAGUAUGCUAGCAAUGUUACUGUAAAAGCCUUACUGGAGAACAGGGCCUCCUUAAAGGGCCCAGAUUUACAAAGUAUCAUUAACAGAAGUGAAACAGUUGAUGGCAUGGCUAGCCUGUUAUCCAGCAUCAGGACAACUGAGGCUCCAGCACUUACCGCGAAGACCAACAUCAAUCUCUGCAAGGUUGUACUUCCUGCCACUGGGGGCCAGCUGAAACCCCGAGUUGUGAAACUACCUACACAGGAAGCCCUUGAUUCUGCCCUUCAGUCUGUUGUGACAUCGGUCCGCACCUCAUUGCCGACAGCUCACAUCAAAGUGCCAUCGCCGGUCACCUUACCUUCUAUACAGCCUCGUCGUAACGUAACCAAGACCAUUCAGAGUAUGAAGGUCCCAAUCCCUGCUGCGCAUAGAGUUGAAUCUACUUAUUCACCCAUUACUGUAACAUGUCCCUCCAGCGUUAACCCAAGUGCCUCCGAGUCCAUCACCAGUCUCUCACAAGUUACCAAGUCGCCAAUUAAGACAGAGUAUGUUGUACAGAAUCCAACAGCAACAAGCUCUUCUCAAAAGAACAUGUUGUUGAAAGUUGUGCCUCAGAAUUUCCUCACUUCUCAGGGUCUAGUUCAAGGUUACCUGACUCCGCAGGGCUUGGUGAUACCACAGAACAAGCAGACUGUGUUGUCUGGAGGUGUGCAGAUUGCAUCCUCUGUCAAUCUGGGUGGGGCUGCAUCAACCACCAAGACUAACCAGGUACAUGUUGCUCUCAGUAAUUCAGGCAAAGACACGGUGAGUCAGACAGCUCAACUAGCUGCAGUCAAAGCAGUGCAAGAUCCUGGAAAACAUAUACAGUUGAGCUUUUCUCCUGGGAAGCAAACAAUUUCACCCGCUUCUGUUCAAGGACUCUCAGCAGUUAGUAUUGCACAAGGUUUGAACAUAAUGGGUAAACAAGUAACUGGAGAUGGUAAUCCUCAACAAAUGACAGUUCAAAAUCAACCAGCUACAUUGGCAUCUGCUUCAAAUGUGAUCAAGGCUGUCAAGAAUACACCUCUGUUAUCCAAGGUUGCAACUCCAGCAGCUGAACUUGUGAAGCAGAUUGCUGCAGGACAAAGCACCAUGAUCCAAGGCACCAGGAUGAUGGUCCCAGCAGCAUCCACUAUUCAAGGCAAAAGCACAGUGAUGACAAAUGUUGGUGGGAAAGUGCCUGUGUCUGGUCAGCAGACUCCAGCUGUCAUUCCAGCAUUGAUGGUUGGCCAGCCAGCUGUGGCCAGUACUCCUAUCACACCUAGAUUGCUUGUUCCAGCACAACAGGUUGGUGGGACUCCUGUACAAUACGGCAAGUCUAUGAGUAUAAAUUCAUCUGAUGUGACAAAUAAACAAUCCAACUCUGUACAGCUUACAGGAAAAGGUCAGACACCCUUUGUGUUGUCACUUGGCAGUGGUCUUCAGAAUGUUAUUCUCUCCCCUCAGAAAGAGGCAUCUAGUCAGUCAGCUAGUCACAUACAGAAUGCCACUCUCCAGAUGUCUGCUCCUCAAUCGUAUAGCAAACCAACAGCAGUACCACAAAGCGUUGCAACCUUACAACUACCUGUUCAAUCAAUGCAGCUCAAUCAGCAGCUUCUAAAGCUGACACCACAACAGUUAUCCUCUGCUUUGCAGAUCUCCCCACAGCAGACUCUCUCUGGGGUGCAGGUUAUCCAGCCACAGCAGCAGCAGCAGCAGCAGCAGCAGCAGAAGCAACAGAUCUCAGUCAGUGGAUCCGGUCAAACCGUAGCCUCAAAGCAAAUCAUACUGUCACCACAGCAACUGGGCAACGUUGCCAUGAAACCAGGUGUCAAGAUGGUGGCUCAGCCGUCAGUAGGUGCUGGUAUAACUGCACUGAUUAACAAGGCUCCUCAGUUCAUACAGCAGAAAAUGGCAACAAUCCAAGUUGCAGCAUCCCCGGGACAGCAAGAUGUGAAAGCCCCUGUUCUACUUCAGCAGCACACAGCACCAGCAGCAGGCCAUAUUGGAAAGGUUCUUCAGGUUGGUCAGCAUCAAAUGCUUAUCAGCAAGUCCCUUCCACAACAACCUAUUUCAUCCGCUUCAGUUCAAACAUCAAAGCUACAACCUUCAUUUAAAAUGCCUCUCUCCAACAUUCAGCAAAAUCCUGGAGUUCAAUUUGUGUACUCACCAACUGCGAAUACAGCAGCCUUGGCACCUGAACCGAUUAGUGCAUCCUCAAGCCCUUCAAUCCCCAAUCUUGGCACCAACAGAGUCUCCAUCCAGGCAGCUCAGGCCUCUACUAAAGCUGCACUCCAGGCUCAUCUCAGUCAAACCAAGGCUUCAACCAACAUCCCAGGAACUAAACCAGGAACGUCCACGCUUUCUUCCAUGCUGGGUCAUGAAAAGGUGAAAGUUGUGGCUAAAACAUCUCCUACCAAUCUGAUUGUGUCAAAUGCUAAUAUUGUCUCACAGGUGGUUCAAGCAGCUGAGGCCAAGUUUCCAGCUUCUACAGUGGUUAACAACAUAAUACAAGCUGCCAAGGCGAGUGCUGAAGGAAGCAAGGUUUCCCCAACUAAGAUAGUAUCACCUCUGCUUGAAGAAGGAGAGGGAGAUGGAACAGGCAGUAAGCAACAGAAACUUCUGUUAUACAACAUUGGAGGACAGUUGAUGACUGCACAGGGAGUCCCUGUCACUGUAGAACAAGGUGUUCUCAAAGUAUUGCCACAGGCAACAAUCCAGAUAGGCAACCAGAUGCUCACAAUCCGAUCUCCGUCCUCGGCCAUGGUAGAAAGUCCAAGUCCACCAAAAGGAGCUCCUCAUGAUGGUACACCCAAAACAUCUCUGAAGCCAACACAACCAGCAUCAGCCCAACAAGGAACUAAUACCAAUGUUCUUGUUCAGGCUAACAUAGCAAGUGCAGGCCUUGGCCCGAGUAGUGUCAUCAGUCCAAGCAUCCAGUCUGAUGGUAAAUCUUUGCCGAGUAAUCACUCCCGAACAACUACCCUGUCACCAGUUUGUACAUUGGCCACGGCCGACCAGCUCACGGCACAAAGUCAGCAAGCGUUUCCAGGCACACUUGAUAGUGGUGAUCUGCUCUAUGGAGUUGACAACCAGCAGGAAGGAUAUUCAAUAGCAAAUAAUGUUCAGACUGGACUACAAAUGACACAGACAGUAGUUGGGCAAACAGAUUCCAACAGUACUGUAACAAUACGUUAUCCGGUUUCUGGUGAGCCACAGACCGGGCAGUUGAUGUCAACUGUGGUAGAUGAGCCACAGGCACAUCUGGUGACCUCUUCCAGUGUCAGCAAGACUAAACCAGUUCUCCAGAAAACAGGCAGCAGAGAGGAAGCUGCUCUGAACCUGUUGAGUCUUGCAAACAUGUCGGACAGAUAAACAUGAAUGAUUGGCAGAUUAUGAACUGUUGAACACUGUGGCCUUUGAUACUGGAUGUUGAUAGUUUGGUGUAAUAAGACAUGGACUAUAUUGUGAUUUCCGAGCAAUACUAGCUGCCAAUGAUGUAUUAUGUAUGAUUUUGCAAAAUCUGUACCAUGUAAUCAUUUUCUGAAACAGUUGUGCAUACAUAUUGAUUAUGUAGCAAGUAUUACCUGUGUGUCAUUCAUGGUUUCACUUGUGUCUCAGUUGUCUCAGGCUGCAUAAUUAGGACUCUCUUGUUCUAGACCUAUACAACACACAUCACAGACCAUAGGACAAGGGGUGUCAUCAUUCCAUUGUCUAUGUACUCAAAUAAGGGAACGUCACCAUUCCAUUAUGUAUGCAAACUUUGUUCAUUUGCAUUAAAUAGCUAGCACCUUGGAUAGUUACCAGAUAUUUUACACCUUCAUGUACAUACAAGACAUAAUUCUCUACGUUAGUUCAUGUUUUCUUUAUUGUACAGAGAAUGUCAAAUGACAUUUAAGCUCGGGAAUCAAUGCGAUUCCAAUGGCUAAGUUUAACUGAGAGAGAUGUUAGAAGUUUGAUCGUACUGUAAUUGAUUUUAAGGUUUACUUGACCAUGUCCUUUGCCAAUGAAAACUGAGAUUGUUAGAUUCUGUUGUUUGGGGAUCAAAACUCAUAUGCUGACAAAACGGCUAAAAUUGUAUCUAGCCAUUGUUCUUUAGCUCUUGUUUACCUGGCCCUGUUCCACAAAGCAACCGCAGUGCUAAGAUCAUCACAACUCCAUUACUUUAACAUAGACCUGCGAUCAUCGCAGUUCUAACAUCGCCUUGUGGAACGGAGCCCAGAAAUUGAUCCAGCAUGUAACUUACAGCACCGCUAGCGGAAACCGUGCCCUGGGAUCUGCCCUGUAAACUAGGAGGGGCAGCACAGCAGGAUUGGAUACAGAUGUGAAGAAAUUAAGUCUUAAUUCAGAAAGUAAUCAUGAUAAUUGAGUAAUGAAUUAUGGAAAUCGUGAAAUAUAUGUCAGUAUUUCCUUAUUUUAUGAUUUCAUGUUAUCAGUUCAUUGCGAAAUGUAUUGAGCUGAGAUGUUGAUGAAUUAGUGUUACAGUGCGCAUGGGAGUAAAUAAGUAUGUUAUGUAUGUCAGGAAGUAGCUCUGAGAAUGUUGGUGGGGAAUGCCCCUAUCAUCUAACAUGCAGUGUGUCACUAUUAAGAGCGGACUUUGGGGGAUCUAUGCUGGUUGUAAGAGGGGACCGAAUGGAUUGGGCGGUCAGGCUCAGUGAUUGCAUGUCAUUGUACCCCGACUGUAUGGAUUGUAGCUCAUAAUUUUGAUCACUGGAUUGUCUGGACUCCUAUUAACAGGUCGGUAUCAUGUAGCUGGAAUAUUGCUAAGUGCAGUGUUAAACAACAACCAAACAAAACACUUUUCAGAGUUGCUUCCUUUAAAUGUACCUAAAUGUCCUAUGGCAGUCGGUUUGAAUUCCAGAUUCCCCAUGAUUUAUCACCCUUGUUACAUCUACGACCUGUGCCACUUCAGGCUUUCCUCCUACAUUAAGCUGAUAUACUCUGAUAUAACUGAAAUACUGUUCAGAUCAGCAUUAAACCCAACUGAAAGUGUUGAGGAAUCCUCACUCAACAUGCACCAUACCUGUGAGCUUUAUCAUUAUUAUUAUUUUUUUAUUUUUUAUAUUUUUUUGGAGGGUGGGAUAACAUGGAAUUAGUGGAUUAUUUAGUGAUUUAAAAAGUUUUAGAGCUCAGAAAACUCUGUUGAGACUGGUGAAAUCUUCAGCAUUAUUUAUCAGUUUAGUAUGUCAGAGGUCAAGGUCAGAGCAAAGGCAUUUGAGACUAAAAUGAUAAGAAAUAAGAUGAUAAGGAUGAUAAUAAUCCAUGGUUGUAUUGAUAAUGUUAUAUUUUUGUCAUUUUGCUCUCUAGUGCCUGUGGUCUGGGGUGUAUAGCUGACUAUUAAUUGUUAAUCCUCUGCUGUUCAUCUUCCAUACUUCAUAAGUUUGUAUACACUAGUUCCUCCAUCACCUGUGAAUAUAUAUGGCCGCUUUGUGGAGACUGUCGUCAUCUUAAACCAUCAAAUCAAGCCAUGGCCGGGUUCCAACAAGAGGGAAACCAGGGAGUGCUGACCAAUACACUCUCAGAUUACAUGGCACAAAUAGCAAUAUUGCAAAUACAUGUGCAGCCUUGUGGCCAUACUUUCUACAUGUUUGCUUCAGUACAGGCACUGGUAGUGUAUGCACAAGGUUUUUGAACAAAGGGGCUCAUUUGACAGCCUCAAAACAUUACUAUCUAUGAAGUAUUGACGAUGGACAUAGAAUAUUAUAUUUUCUUUAUAGCAAUAAAGUGCAUGCAGCCCUGCUUGUCCUUUUACAAUACUGUGUAUGUGGUGGCUUUAAGAGGAAAUUGCUGAGCCUCAUCACAACCCGGAGAGAUAGUGGUAAUUGAUUAUCAAUAAGUUUGCAAGGCACCAAGACUGUAUAUAGUAUUUAUUCAUACACUACAUGUCUGACAUUGUCAUGAUUCUGUUCAGUCAUAGUUAACUUAUUUGCUAGCUGAGUACCUAUUUUGAUUAUUUUAAGUUUUCUGUUGAUAUAUUUUUACUUCCUCUGCGAGAUAGCAGAGUGUAUUUUACCACUUUCCACUGCAGUCAUAUUGUGAACCAUCUUUGAUAUUUUGGAAUGACUGAAAUGCAAUCUUCUAUAAAACUA